GGUGCGAAAGCAAAGAUGGCGGAAGAGGAGAACGAGUUUGAAGAAUUUGAGCAAAUAGACUUUUUAAGAGAUCGACAUGUACGAUUCUUUCAGCGAACACUUCAGGUGUUACCUGAGAGAUACGCCUCGCUGGAAACGACCAGGUUGACCAUCGUGUUUUUCGCCCUGUCUGGUCUGGAUGUGCUGGAUGCCCUAGAAGUGAUUGAUCGGAACGUCAUGAUUGAGUACAUCUACUCACUACAGGUUCUGCCUACUGAGGAUCAAUCCAACCUAAGUCGAUGUGGGUUUCGGGGAUCAUCACAUAUUGGAAUCCCUUACAGCACUAAGGGCCCAGGUGUGCUCCAUCCAUAUGACAGUGGCCAUGUAGCUAUGACCUAUACUGGGCUGUGCUCACUGCUGAUACUUGGAGAUGACCUUAGCCGGGUUAACAAGCAGGCCUGUCUGGCUGGUCUGAGGGCGCUGCAGCUGGAGGAUGGCAGUUUUUACGCAGUGCCAGAAGGAAGUGAGAAUGAUAUACGCUUUAUCUACUGUGCAGCCAGUAUCUGUUACAUGCUGGACAACUGGUCAGGCAUGGACAUCCAAAAGGCCAUUGAAUACAUCCGAGGAAGUUUGUCCUAUGACAGCGGGUUUGGCCAGGGAGCUGGGCGAGAGUCACAUGGCGGCUGGACGUACUGCGCCAUAGCCUCUCUGUGUCUGAUGGGUCGACUGGAGGAGGCACUGAGUCAGCGGGAACUGGACCGGAUCCGGCGCUGGUGCAUCAUGAGGCAGCAGAGCGGUUUCCACGGCCGCCCAAACAAACCCGUAGAUACAUGCUACUCCUUUUGGGUGGGAGCUACAUUGGAGCUGUUAGAUGUGUUCCAGUAUACAAACUUUGAAAAGAACCGGAGCUUCAUCCUGUCCACGCAGGAUCGGUUGGUGGGCGGCUUCGCCAAAUGGCCAGACAGCCAUCCAGAUCCUCUUCAUGCAUAUUUAGGGCUUUGUGGUCUGUCCCUGAUUGGAGAGCCCAAUCUGAGGAAGGUCCACCCCGGUCUUAACAUCACCCAGAGAGCCUUUCAGCACCUCCAACAGCUGCAGCAGACAUGGAGAGACAACACCGACACCUGCGGACGUCAGCACUGAAAGCCGGAUGAACCGCGGCGCUCCCUCUCAAUGGCUUCAGUUAUCAGCAACGUCGAACAGUUACCAGUCAAGGAGGACUGGACUUGUUGAAGAGGUUUGGCCACUUACCAAGAGGCCAUCUCAUGUGAGGACUGAAGAACGCUCUUCUUUACAAAAGCAGUAACUUUGGGACGCUCACUUUAAAUCCAUCCAGUGCAACUCUUCCGUUAAGAGCCACACGCCUCACGUUUUUUGCUGCCUUUUAUUCGCACAGUAGUCAAUAACGGUGCGGUUUGUGGUUCGUGGGAAUAAAAACGUGCCAGAAAGUCAAAUUUGAGCUGCUAUAAACUUGAAAUUUCUGAUGCCUCCAUUGUUCCAUUGAGUUUUUAGAUAAUGGCCUUUUGAGCUUUGCUGCUCAUCAUCAUUGUGAACAAUAUCUUCAUAGCCAAGGAUCAAAACUCUAAAUGUACAUGAGAAACAUUGUAAUAAGUGUUUAAGGGGGGAUCCCUGGAGGGCUGGGAGCAUCCACACUGUCUUUUUAUCAGGUUUAUUUGCUAAGAUUAUGCUAUUGCUGAGUAAUGUCUCUAAAUUUUAAGAUCUGUUAAGGUCUCCUUUUCAUUCAAAGACUUAAAGAAUUCGAAGCAUAGUCUCCUUUUCCUUCUUUUGCUUUUUGUUUUGUUGCCCUUGUAGCAUUUCCAUCCUGACAUUGCUUGUGAACCUGUUUAAAGCCUCAAGCUCUCAUGUCCCAAAGGUGAUACCAGGCCAGGUUUACUCAUCUCCCAGUUUCACCACUGCAGGCUGUGUGCACUGAUCAAGAUUUAAAUUAAAGAGCGCCUGGUGUGAAAUUAAUGGAAAAGGUGGUUAUGGGUUUAGCUGCAGGCAAAUCAUUUUAGAAAAUAUGAUUCUUUGUCUGCAUUUUUCUCUGACGGCUAACAGAAAAGAGAUUUGAGCCUCUCCAGGGAGUUUGUUAAGAAGGGGAAAACCACCUUCUUUCCUGCAGAGGUAGUAGCUCCCGGUUGUAGCAGCAGACCCCAUCCUAACACCCCACAACUCCUGCAUCCUGACCUGUGCUCAUUCGCUAGCUUGCAUGCUCCCUGCAAGGCGCUAACCAGCCUCAAACCGGUAAGAAAAGAUGAGACAAUAGCACCGUAGCUUGAGGAAAUGUAUUCCUUUGAACAGUGCAGUUAUUUUCAGUGCAGAAAGGAUGCAAGGUAACAACGGAGAACAAUGAGCGUGAGCAGAAUGGACCACAGAGUGUCAGGAAACAGAAGCAAGUGUUAUCCCAACGAGCUACUUGC